CACGACCCAUACUAUCAUCAGACCAUGGCGAAAGGUGCGUAUUCCGUAGCGGAUCAUGGCCGGAUACAUGCCUAUAUCUUCGACGCACGACGUCCGCGCGGCAUUCAUGCAGCAGCGAUGCCCAAAGCAUGAACAUCUCAUCCACGCGACCUCGGCAUCAACCUCAGUAGCCCUUGGCCGAGCGUAUCUUCUACGAUGCUUAUCUAUGAGAGGAGAGCAGGCACGAACAAGGUCGUCUAUAAGCCGGACUCGCAGUCGACAGAUGAGUUCAUGGUCAUCAUUGAAGAUGCAGCUGCCCUGAAGAAAUGGAAAGCUGGCGAGACAUCUAUCCCAUUGACAGAGAUCGUGGACAGCUUUGACGUCUUGCAUUCUGGUCAAGGCAGUCAAGGUAUCCUCGGAAGACCUUCCAACCAAGAGCUGGACAGCGUCUUCGGCACUCACAAUCAAGAUGAGGUCGUCGAGAUGAUACUGAAGAAAGGCGCUCUGCAAGGCGGGGACGCGCCGGAGAAAACGGCAUCGAAGAAUGACUCACAAGGCGGAGGAUUCUCGGUCUCAAAAGGCUCUCACAGCGGUAGUGGCCACGGCGGUCGAUGAGCGUACCCUCCUCUCGCACGAUCAGAUCCACUGUAUCAAGCUAGCAGUCCCUCCGGCGAUCUGCCUUGAUAGCUAGCACGCACACAUGAAUGCAAUACAGCUGACAUAGUGGG